AGAGAGAGAGGGGGAGAGACAGGAAAGGUGGAAAAGCGAAGCCUCUCUCCCCUCUUUUCUCCUCUCUGUUAACACGCCCGCGCAUCCUCCUCUCUCGGGUCUCGGGUUUAACAACACUAAUCGCGCUUGCUUUACGGGAAUGCGCUUGUCAAACUCAACUGUAGAACCUGAGUAACUCCAAAAGAGUAAAGCGAAAGACUCGCCCCGCUGGAGUGAACUAACCCCGUUCCCUCUGCUCUCCUCCUCCCUCCCUCCCUCCUGGGGUCUUGCAUAAUGCUGCUUCGCUCGACCUACAUUGUGCUGUCAUGGCUCCUCAGCUCCAUUUCUCCCGCUAGAAUGGCAAUGCUCAACCUCACCCUCCCCGGUCAGCACCCGGAUCCGGAGUCCGUCGUCCAUGACGUGCAUAGGAGAGUGAAUGCUUCCAUGACUAGAAGGCUAAUGCUGGACACGAUGGAGAGCGACGAGGCCUCGUGCCUGACCGGCAACCCAAUCGACGACUGCUGGAAGUGCGACCCGGACUGGGCCAACAACCGGCAGCGGCUCGCCGACUGCGCCAUCGGGUUCGGCCAGUACGCGCUGGGCGGCAAGAACGGCGACAUAUACAUCGUCACCGACUCGUCGGACGACGACGCCGUGAGCCCAAAGCCGGGCACGCUGCGGUACGCGGUGAUCCAGGAGGAGCCGCUGUGGAUCGUCUUCCCGGCCAACAUGCUGAUCAGGCUGUCGCAGGAGCUCAUCUUCAACAGCUACAAGACCCUCGACGGCCGCGGCGUGAACGUCCACAUCACCGGUGGCGGAUGCAUCACGUUGCAGUACAUCAGCAACGUCAUCAUACACAACAUCCACGUGCACGACUGUCAUCCGUCAGGGGAGGCGAACGUGCGGUCGAGCCCCACCCACUGGGGGUUUCGGACGAUGUCGGACGGCGACGGGAUAUCGUUAUUCGGGGCGAAGGACAUAUGGAUCGACCACUGCUCGCUCUCGCACUGCAAGGAUGGCCUGAUCGACGCGAUCAUGGGGUCCACGGCGAUCACCAUCUCCAACAACUACUUCUCCCACCACAACGAGGUGAUGCUGCUCGGGCACAGCGACCAGUACCUGCCCGACUCCGGCAUGCAAAUCACCAUCGCCUUCAACCACUUCGGCGAGAACCUGGUGCAGCGCAUGCCCCGGUGCCGCCUCGGCUACAUCCACGUCGUCAACAACGACUUCACGCAGUGGGAGAUGUACGCCAUCGGCGGCAGCGGCAACCCCACCAUCAACAGCCAGGGGAACCGUUACAUAGCCCCCUCUGACCGUAAUGCCAAGGAGGUGACAAAGCGUGUGGACACGGAACAAUCAAAAUGGAGGGACUGGAAUUGGAGGUCGGAGGGGGACAUACUGGUGAACGGGGCCUUCUUCGUGGCGUCGGGCGAGGGCUUGGAGGAAAGGUACGAGAAGGCAUACAGUGUCGAGCCCAAAUCGGCGGCCUACAUUGAUCUCAUCACUUGGCACGCCGGCGUCCUCGGCGUUGGGGGCAGGGACAACAACCUGGCAGAGUGGAAUACGAGGGCCAAGUUUCAGGGGAGCGAAGCAGCCCGCCCGCCCUCGUCGAUGUCCCCUCUCGUCGUCUUUCUCACGGCAUUGUCUUGCCUCUUGCUUUUGUAUGCUGACAUUUUCGCAUCAGGUUUGUAACCCCCAAGAAAACGAACAACUCCAACCAAUUCUAUCCUUCUUUUUAUCCGAUUGUGUUGAUUGCAUAAUCGCAGGUUGCUGACAUUUCUGUCAUCGGAACAAAAGAAAGUUCUGAAAUUGAUGCAAAUUGCUUAAGUCUUUUCUC